AUGCACUCGGACAACGGGAAAACCUUCGUUGGAGCUGACAAGGUGAUCUCCAACGACUUCUUGGAAGCGACGAGGGAGUGCAUCAUCGCACAACACGCCCACAAGAGCCUAUCCUGGCACUUCAACCCGCCGGGCGCCCCGCAUAUGGGUGGAUUAUGGGAAGCCGGCGUAAAGAGUUUUAAGGCACUCUUUUACAAGGCGACAUCCACCUCGAAAUAUACGUUCGAAGAGUUGUCCACUCUUCUCGCUAAGAUCGAAGCCUGCCUGAAUUCGAGGCCGAUUUCCCUAUGUCCGAGGAUCCUUCGGACUUACUAG